ACACUCUUCGCUCGGAUAAACAGUCGGUCAACUCCAGCUAUCGGUCUAAAUAAUUGAUGAUCCCCCCCAAAGACUCCAAAUCAAACACCGUUGACAAGACUGCAUCAGCGGCUGGUCCCUGGAACUGCAACGUCGAAAGCUUGGGCCACGUAUCUUUACAUAUACGCUACUCUACUUGA